CGACAUAUUAACUGCUGCUCAAUAUUGUUUGUAUAUUUUGUGAGGCAAGACUUUGAAACAUGUCUGGAUUUCUUGAUAAUUGCCGUUGGCCCUGUUCCGAUGGCUGCGAACUGGGCGACAGACGAAACAUGGUCGCUUCUAUUAUAGCUGGGGUCUUGUUUUUCGUAGGUUGGUGGAUCUGUAUAGAUGCUGCUGUCAUCUACCCUGACAACACCCAGUUGAACCACGCUUACUACGUGUGUGGGGUUAUAAGUACGUUAGCCUUUUUCAUGAUCAAUUCUGUAUCGAAUGGUCAGCUGCGAGGUGACACUUACACCAGUGGUUGCUUGGGCCAAACAGGUGCUCGCAUCUGGAUUUUGUUUGGUUUCUUGUUUGCAUUUGGUUCACUGAUUGCAGCUGCUUGGAUUCUGUUUGGCUUUUACGUUGCUACAAACCAAGAUGAUGACUGGCCAGGAACUGCCAUAUUCUUACAGAAUGCCUUUAUUUUCUUCAGUAGUAUGGUGUUCAAAUUUGGCCGCACAGAAGACUUGUGGGGUUAAAGAAGAGACAGAGGCAUCCGGAUGCCCAUUCUUUCCUCCCUCGACAGUCUUUCAAUAUGGAAGCGUUUAAAAAAAAAAAUAUCUAUCUGGUGACAAAAUCUUUAUUUAUAUUUCUUUACAAUAAUGUCUGCCACAAAAAAAAAAGAAGAAAAAACAGCCUUUCUAAUUAAUUAUAUACGUAAUUUCUCAUCUUCUUAAUUGCUUUGUUUGUUAACCUCCCCUCCACUCCAUCCCCACCUUGCAAACUGGCUCUGUCUGCUACAAGAGCUAUUAACAGUUCUGUUAUUCUCUUCCCUUACAAACAUCACCUUCGUCACCUUAAUCUCAUUCAUGUUUUUCUAUGCUUAUAAUGAUUAAUACACAACUGUUUAAUAAUAAUAAUAAUAAUUGCUAUCUAAAACAUUUGUCACCCCCAAACAAAACAAAAGAAAAAAAAAUAAUCAAAAAUUGUAUUUAUUAUAAUAAAUGCCUUGUGGUGUUAUAUCUCUUUACAUUCUGAAUUUAAAUCCCACCGAAGAAGACUACCAUUCAUCCUUCUGAGGUCUAUAAGAGUAAUUAGCCAUUAAAUACUAGGCUGGAUUAUAGUUGACUAAUUAGUUAAUGAGAUGGACAUAGCAUAGAUAAUAGAGCAGAGGAUUAGCUUAAUUGCAGUAUUAAAUUUCAUGUCACACAUUUCCGAGUUCAAAUCAAACAGGAAACAGUCAACUUCAACAGGGUUGACUCCACUGGAUUGUGACAAAUAAAGAGAUUUAUUAACCCCUUUAGCCCUCGGAUUAUUCUGCGAAAUGUAAUACUUAUUCCUUCGCAUUGUUUUGAAUUGACAGCACAUUCUCUUCUAGCUUUGAAAUUUCAGUGAUGUGAUUGUUUCUCUUUAGAAUGACAUUAUAUGGUAGGUGUGAGAGGCUGGAUCUGGCCAGUUUGAACAUAAAACUGGAAGAAUAUUUUGGCUGGUUUAAAUGCUAAAGGGUUAAUUAAUUGGCCAAGAACAAAGAGAGUUGUCAGCAGUUAUUAGAACACCAGACUAAAUGCCUCUUUUUUUUGUUAGUGUCACCUCUGCUUCCUGUCCUAAUUCUAAAUACAUCCAGGAUAGUGAAAUGAUAGAAAUACAAAAACCUAUAAUCUGUUUGUAAUGCCAUUCCAAUAAUUAACUUGUGAGACAUAGCAGCUAAAUCUCCCUCAAAUCACACCCUAGUAACUUUUUAAAAAAGGGACACAUUGAAUAAUGUAGAUAUAUACAAUUCUAAUUAGGGAGCCCCCUGUCCCUUAAUUCACCCAGAAUAUUCUCAAUAUUUGCAAUGGUCUUUUCUGCUAGUUGGUGGGGCACAUUGAGAAGUUCCUGUCUAUUUUUAUACAAGGACGUAAAAGCAGUGAAAUUAUUACACCUGGGAUGACACAAUCUGGUUAUAGACUCAGCUCACCAAAUUAUUCCAUUAUAUAUGUAUGUAUAUAUAUAUAUCUUUUGGCUGACAAAGUGUUUGCCUUAGUUGAUGGCAACAACCAUGGUGAGCUUUUCAAAGGUUGUGUUGUAUUGGUGGUGGUAUGAGCUGAGUCUGUGACUUAGGUUUCAGUUAUUCCUGGUGUUAUCUUACAAAGCCAACCAUUAACAUCAUAUCUUCUCAUUUUUUUCAAAGAAACAAAAAAGAAAAAUCCAACUCUGGCCUAAUUUUGUCUAAAAUCAGAAUCCAACCUAUUGACCUGUGGUCAAAUUUGUUUUGGACAAAACAUACCCCUGGCCUCUCCCUUUCCCAUCACUGCAUCAAUAUAAAUGAUACACCUUGCAAGCAGUCUCCAUUAAACACAAAUAUUUACCUCAGUUUUUUUUUUUUUUUUUCCAUCUUUUCAUUGUAAAUAAAUAAAGUGAAAGAG